CUGGAACUUGGAAUGGAUUGGAACUUGGCCAUCUGUUUCUAGUCCCGUCUUAAUCACGACUUUUAGGUACUUUUUUUGCCUGAGGCAUAACUGACAAUUAUUAAUACACUUACAAACAAACGUCCAUCCAUCCAACACACACUCCCGGCCGGCCGUGCCACCAUACACCAUUCACCAUACUACCCGAGAGGCAUAUAUAAUAACCGUCGCUUUUCCUUCUUCCGGCCAUCUUACGGUAACUUGUACGUAGACAGACAAAAGCCAAUCUUUACCUCGUUUUUCGGAAUCGCAACCAGACAACUUUCAACUAACUACCCUGCUGAUUUACAUCGUUUAGAUACCCCUCAUCCUUUUUCUUUUUCCGCAAAGCCGAUACCUACCUAUCUAUCUUUACUAUUCGCAAUGGCCGACCAGGAGCACACUUACAAGUUCAACGUCAGCAUGAGCUGCGGCGGCUGCUCCGGCGCCGUUAACCGCGUGCUGGGCAAGCUAGAGGGCGUCCAGAGCUACGAAGUCUCCCUCGAGAAGCAAGAAGCCCUCGUCGUAGCCAAGCCAGGCCUCGACUACGAAACCGUGCUCAAGACGAUCAAGAAGACGGGCAAGAAGGUCAACUCGGGCUUCGUCGACGGCGAGUCGCGCAGCAUCGAGGUGGCCGAGUAAAGCGGAUCGCAGAACCACAGCAAAUACAAUAUUUUGGGCAUGGCAAUGGCAUGGCAAUGGCAAUAAAUAGGACGCGGUGUGGUUUGGAUGGAGUAACUCCCCCGCUGCUUGCGAGGAAUACAUACAUAGAUGCAUGCUUCUUGUUUAGGCCUUCGAUAUGGUCGUGCGUGUUAUUUAUGCAGCCGGCUUUCUUUUUGUACUCUGUUAAGAGGUACCUAACCUAACCCAACACUCGGUUAUUAUGGUGAGAUCGAUGAAAACGAUCCGGGGCGGGCCGUGGGAAUUCCAUACAUACAUACGAUAGUAUAAAAGUCAAGGCUCGCGACUUAUGUAUAGCCCGGCAUGGAUCGAUCUUGCAUAUGCGAUGCGCACCUGUGCUGACAAUAGAGAAUACCUUUGAGGUAGUUUUAUGGAUGAUUGCUAUUUAUUGUUACUAUGUGUUAUUGUUAUAUGUCUGUCUUGUUUGAGUACAUAAUGUAUGAAGAAGGAUGCUGUGGCUUCUGUAAUGACGAGCCUACUACCUAUGUACUGCUAUGUUGUCCGUGAUAUCCAACGAAGUAAAUGCUCG